CAUCGCAAAGUGUUACGUGAUAAUAUCCAGGGCAUUACCAAGCCAGCUAUUAGACGUUUGGCUCGUCGUGGUGGUGUAAAACGUAUUUCUGGAUUGAUUUACGAAGAAACUCGUGGUGUUCUGAAAGUGUUUUUGGAAAACGUUAUUCGUGAUGCUGUCACCUACACCGAACACGCUAAGCGUAAAACCGUCACUGCUAUGGAUGUCGUCUACGCUUUGAAGAGACAAGGUCGUACUUUGUACGGUUUCGGCGGUUAAAUAUUUUCUUGACGCUAUUUGGAGAAAUCUUCUUA